GCGCAAAUUAGAUCGUAUGCCACAAAAAUAAUAAAGGUUCCUCCGUUAGCCGAAUCAAUUUCUGAAGGCACACUCGCAAAAUGGAACAAAAAGGCUGGUGAUUUCGUGAAACAGGAUGAGGAAAUUGUGACGAUAGAAACUGACAAGGUCGAUGCUCCAGUUAAUUCCCCAUAUUCUGGUAAAAUACUCGAAUUAUAUGCAAAUGAACAAGAUAACGUAGUUGUGGGUCAAGAUCUUUGCAAGGUGGAGUUGGGGGAUGCUGCUUCUGCUGAAUCAGAAGCGGACUCUUCAAAAGUGGAUUCUCCAAAAGAAACGCCAGAACCAGAACCAGUGUCAAAACAAAAGGAAGAUGCUCCUCCUCCAGACGAUGUGUCUCCUUUCGGUAAAAGAGAAGAUCGUGAAGUCAAGAUGAACAGAAUGCGCUUGCGAAUUGCCGAACGUUUGAAAGAAUCACAAAAUACUGCUGCCUCAUUGACAACCUUCAACGAAAUUGACAUGACCAACAUUAUUGAACUUCGCAAUACUUACAAGGAUGCAAUCCUCAAGAAACAUGGUAUCAAACUUGGAUUUAUGUCUGCAUUUGUAAAGGCAUCCACUUUUGGACUCCAAGAAGUUCCAGCUGUCAAUGCAUCUAUAGCGGAGUCUGGUGAUACCAUCAUAUACAGGGACUACGUUGAUAUGAGUGUUGCGGUUGCUACGCCAAAGGGUCUUGUGACUCCUGUGAUUCGCAACGCCCACUUAUUAUCAUUUAUAGAAAUUGAAAAGGUUAUUGCUGAAUUAGGUCAAAAGGCUCGAGAUGGGAAAAUGACCAUCGAAGAUAUGGCUGGGGGUACCUUCACUAUUUCUAAUGGUGGUGUAUUCGGCUCUCUUCUUGGGACUCCAAUUAUUAACUUGCCUCAAAGCGGGAUAUUAGGGAUGCAUGCCACAAAGGAACGUCCCGUCGUAAUCAAUGGAAAAAUUGAAAUUCGACCAAUGAUGUACAUUGCUCUAACAUAUGAUCACCGUCUGAUUGAUGGCCGUGAAGCUGUAACAUUUUUGAAAACAGUUAAAGAGCAGGUUGAAGAUCCUC